UUUAUUCUCUUAUAUUUCAGCACCAAACUUGGCAAUGCCGUUUGGAUGCGUUACCCUGGGCGAUAAGAAGGAUUAUAACCAGCCAUCUGAGGUGACUGACAGAUAUGACCUAGGGCAGGUCAUCAAAACAGAGGAGUUCUGUGAGAUAUUCCGUGCCAAGGAGAAAUCAACAGGGAAGCUCUAUACAUGCAAGAAGUUUCUGAAAAGAGAUGGGCGCAAAGUGCGGAAGGCAGCAAAGAAUGAGAUCAUCAUCCUGAAAAUGGUGAAACACCCCAAUAUUCUGCAGUUGGUGGAUGUGUAUGUUACCCGGAAAGAGUACUUCCUCUUCUUGGAGCUGGCUACUGGCCGAGAGGUAUUUGAUUGGAUCUUGGACCAGGGUUACUACUCUGAGCGUGACACCAGUAAUGUCAUCAGGCAGGUGCUGGAGGCUGUGGCAUACCUGCAUUCACUCAAGAUUGUACAUAGGAACCUCAAGCUAGAGAAUCUAGUGUAUUACAACCGCCUGAAGAACUCAAAGAUUGUGAUCAGCGACUUUCACCUGGCCAAGCUGGAGAAUGGGCUCAUCAAGGAACCCUGUGGGACCCCUGAGUAUCUAGCUCCUGAGGUGGUCGGGCGCCAGCGGUAUGGACGGCCUGUGGACUGCUGGGCUAUUGGUGUGAUCAUGUAUAUUCUGUUGUCAGGAAACCCACCAUUCUAUGAGGAAAUGGAUGAGGAUGAUUAUGAAAACCAUGAUAAGAACCUGUUCCGUAAGAUCCUGGCAGGCGACUAUGAGUUUGAUCCUCCCUACUGGGAUGACAUCUCUCAGGCAGCCAAGGACUUGGUGGCCCGUCUAAUGGAGGUAGACCAAGACCAGAGGAUUACAGCAGAGGAGGCUAUUUCUCAUGAAUGGAUUUCUGGCAAUGCAGCUUCGGACAAGAACAUAAAGGACGGAGUAUGUGCUCAGAUUGAGAAAAACUUUGCCAGGGCAAAAUGGAAGAAAGCCGUUCGAGUGACCACAAUGAUGAAGAGACUCCGAGCGCCGGAGCACACGGAUGCAGUGAAACCAGCAACUCCUGCCGCUGCCACGACAGACAGUGCUUCCCCAACAGAGACCACCAGCGCCCCACAGGCAAAAGCGGAGGCAGACAGCACGGCUUCAGCCACAACAGCCGAAGCAGCCCCAGCGACAACAACGGCAGCGCCAGCUGCUGCUGCUGCUGCAGGAGCAGCAGUGAGCCCAGAAGAAACAACGUCAACAGCUCCAGCAACUACGGCAGAAGCUCCGGCGACAACACCGGCAGCCCCCACUACGUGUAACGGGGGAGAAACUGCCGCCCCCAGUGCCACCCCAGAGUCCUGGAAUGAGGAGACUGGCUGAGUCAGAGGGGAGCAGGGCAAGGGCAAGGGCAGGGCUGUACCUCUCUUUGUUGUAUUUCUCUUUGUAAAUAGUCACUGGCAUGGUACCCCCACCCCCCCAACUGUCCUGGCUUCCCAACCAACCCCUCUGCGUGUGGCUGUCAGUUUGUCUGACUUCUAUGUGUCUCCAGCUAGGUGGCAUCAGAGUUUCUAUUUUUUAUGUGACAGAGUCCAGAGAGACCCCGUUGGGCCCAGGUAAACAACAAGUGGUUGUAGAGGCCUAGCCCAUUGCAUGAAAUUCUCUCUCUUUCUCUCUUUCUCUCUCUUCCCCGCUCCCUCUUUUCCUCCGUUGCUUUCCUUUUCUUUGUCCCAUUUCUCAAUUUGUUUUCUUACUACUCUCUCUCUCGGUCACUUGACUUGCUACUUGGUUGGGAGAAGCUGGAGCAAUCAGAUCAGACACAGUAGCCACACUUUUCAGCCGACUGGUUUGUUAUAUACCAUGGAGGUAUGGGGAAUGGGAUGCAGGUCCAGGUCAGGUUGGAGGAUAAAGAGGGCCGCACACUGUCAUGGCAGAGCUCUCAAAUUAGUCAUACCCAUUGGAGAUGCAUGUGGAAUUCAUCUGUUCAGCUGCUGGCAAGAUCUUCUGUAGCAAUUUACCUCUAUGUCCAACGUAUGGUUGUGUGUGAACAAAGCUAAUGCAAAAUCCAUGUGAGAGUGUGUGUGCAUUUGCUAGACUUUUCAAUGAACUGUCGAUACUGAACUGUCAACACAACUGGGGUGUAGCUAUCCAUAUAUUUGUGCAGAAGCAAUUUUCCCUGGGGGCAGGAGACAACCCUAGUCUGGAAAACAAGCUAACUGUGAACAAGCAGGGGCAAGGAAGAUAAAAGACAGGUGGGAAGCUGUAAUUUAUUUAUUUAUUUAUUUAUUUAUUUAUUUAUUUAUUUAUCACUUGCUGCAUUAUCCCAAGACAACAUGUUGAGACCCCUGCAUUGCAGGGGGUUGGAUUAGAUGACCCUUGGGGGUCCCUUCCUACUCCAUGAUUCUAUGAUUCUAAGCACUCAGGGCAGAUGAUGACUAUUAUUAUUAUUAUUAUUUAUUGUAGGUUAUGAGAACCUUGCAGAGAGACCUCUAAAUUAUCAACAGUAGUUCUUGGAAAACAAUGUGACAGAAGAAGCAAAUGAUCUCUAGAGCAACACUGUAGAACAGACAGGUGAAUCCUACACUGUGGCAAAAUCCUGUAGAUGGAUUCUGCAGGUGAUUUAUCUUAGUGGAAAUCUGUAGAAGCCUUGUUUAGGUAUUUACAUUCCUGCAACUUUACUGCAAGGUUCCUGCAAGGUUAAGUGAUCAGAUGAAAAGACCAUCUGCUUCUGUACCUUUAAUGGGUAGAAGAGGGGAUUUUUGCAGGUGUAACUCAUUAUGCAAAAGUGAAAAAGCUAUAUACCUAUCCAAAUUCCCUCUCUGACACUAUUUAAGGCAUUCAGCUGGGAGGGAACCAAGCAUUUAAGGUGGAAUAGACUUCAAAGCCAGUUAGGGUUGCAAGAGGGUAAAGUAGUAAGCAACUUGUAGAAUAGGAUCAGCAGAAAGUGUGUGUGCACUAACAGCUCGAUCAUGUGCUUCCUUCCCUAUCUGCAGUGGCAAGAAGCUCAUCUUUCAGUAAAAUGAAAGAAUGUUCUCCCUCACCCUGAAAUACACACUUUAUUCCAAUAGCUAGCAUUCCUGAGCCUAUGUAAUAAACAUUGCAGUCACCA